UCUUAAUAGAUCUGCUUUAAAGACCCCCGCGAUAGACUCAAGACCAUAGACAGCAACAUGGCCACCCCCGUCCCGCCCCAAGAGCACCCCGCGUCGACGCACACCCCCCGCUAUCUGACCGGCGACGGCGCGGGCAUUCGGGAGUUCAUCGACAAGUUCGAUGUCUUCCUGUUUGACUGCGAUGGCGUCCUCUGGUCCGGCGACCACCUCUUCCCCGGAACGAACGAGACCCUAGCGAUGCUGAAGAGCAAAGGCAAACAAGUCGUCUUCGUAACAAACAACAGUACCAAAUCACGCGCCGACUACAACAAGAAACUCGAAGGCCUCGGCAUCCCCAGCACAACAGAAGAAAUCUUCUCCUCCUCCUACAGCGCCUCCAUCUACAUCUCCCGCAUCUUGCAACUGCCGGCCAACAAGCGCAAAGUCUUCGUGAUCGGCGAAACGGGCAUCGAACAGGAGCUCCGGUCCGAGAACGUGCCCUUUAUCGGGGGCACCGACGCGGCGUACCGCCGCACCAUCACGCCGGAAGACUACAAGGCGAUUGCGGCGGGCGACGCCUCCCUCCUGGACCCGGAGGUCGGCGUCGUCCUCGUCGGCCUGGACUUCCACAUCAACUACUACAAGCUCGCGCUCGCGUACCACUACAUCCGGCGGGGCGCGGUCUUCCUCGCCACGAAUAUUGAUUCCACGCUGCCGAGCUCGGGGUCCUUGUUUCCCGGCGCGGGGUCCAUGAGCGCUCCCCUGAUUAUGAUGUUGGGGAGGGAGCCCGUCUCGCUCGGGAAGCCCAAUCAGGCGAUGAUGGAUGCUAUCGAGGGGAAGUUUCGCUUUGACAGGAGUAGGGCUUGUAUGGUGGGUGAUCGCGCGAAUACGGAUAUAAGGUUUGGCAUUGAGGGGAAGCUCGGGGGCACGUUGGGCGUGUUGACCGGUGUUAGUAGUAGGGAGGAUUUUGUGGAGGGUGAUGUGAGGCCUACGGUUUAUUUGGAUAAGUUGGCGGAUUUGUUGGGGUGUGAGUAG